AUGCUCCGAAGCUUGCUCAAGUCUCGACAGGUGAUUUGCGGGCUCCGAGAGCUCCGAGCUCUCUCCACAAGCCAGGGAAACGAGAGUAUCAUUGAUUUCGUCGACACUGUCACUGAAACCUCGGAAGCGCAGAACCAAUCGUUCGCCUCUCUGCUGCGAAACUCGAAAUUCAUGCAACUCGGCGACUUUAACGGGCGCCUCGUCGUCGGAAAAAUCGCUCAACGCGUUCAAGAAGACGUCUACAUUGAUUUUGGACUGAAAUUCAACGCUGUUUGCAAAGUUCCGGCGCUGAAUUCGGAAGCCUACCGCAGCGGAGCCCGUGUGCUCAUUCGUCUCAUCGACCCGGAGCUCAGCGAACGAUUUUUGGGCUCCAAACACGAUUUGACACUUCUUGAGGCUGACGCAGUGCUCGUACGUCUUCUAUCAAAUGUGCCACGUCAGCAGCAGCAACGGCAGAAGCCACGUGGCGCCACGGAAGAAGAAGCUCCAGCGGCUCCAGAAACACCGGCGGCACACUAAUUUUUCUAGAAAAUUUCACAUUUUCACUUUCCACGUGUACUUUUUUUUAUCAAUUUUAGCCUAGAAAUCCCCCAUUAAUUGUUGCCUGUUUUUUGUUGUUUUUUCAAUAAAAUAUGGAUAAUA